UUCUUUCAUCGAUAGCUUAUAGGCUUCACGUUACAAAGUAAAAAUCGAAAUUCGGAGGAAUCUGUGUUUCGGCUUUUUUCGUCACUUGUUCAGUCUGUGGUUUUCGUUAGAAUCGAACGACAUAAACGUAAUAAUGUAAGGUGACUCAGACAGUUGCAGUUCCACCGUUGGCGUUGCAUGUUGUCCCAUCUGUUGUAUUUCGUAUUAAGAACGCUGGAAUUUGACCCAGGAGGUUCAGAGAUAAUCUCAAGGAGGACUCCAGGAGUAACUUUACGUGUAGCUCAAGAUGGAGUCUAGCAGUUCUGAAGUAAGUGAGGUCCCAGACUUCAUCUAUGUUGCUGGUGGUCAGACCUAUGUUGCUACAUCCCAGGAGGAAGUCAGUAAGAUCAUCUCGUCCUAUGAGAGAGCAACCAUCGCAAGAUUUGUUGUUGAGCACCAGAGUACAAAAUUCAGCACUGAAGACUGGCAUGGUAAGAAGUUGUUUCGUUGGUCUCUCAAGAGUGUCCCUUCCGCCUUUGGACCAGCAAUUGUCAUAGGAACCAAGGUUCUGUGCUGUCACCAGGGUAAAGAUCGUCAUCUCAACUUUAAAAAGCUCAAAAGAGAACAGACAAGAUUAAAAAGGAUGGCUAAAGAUCAAGGUAUCAAAGAGAAGGAUCGUACAUCCAGAAAAUCCACCAAGAAAGUCAACUGCCCUGCUGCAAUCUACAUCAAGAAAGUUGCAUUCUUUCCAGACUACCAGGUCACUGAAGCCACACCACAUAGAAAGAGGAUGGCAUGCAAGCGUUUCAACCAGGAUCGUCUCAAGAGACCUGAAUCCAUUAAGGUUGAUGUCAAGUUCUUUGUAACACUGCCUGAUUCUAAGGACCACAGAAAUCACCUUUCUGGGGAGGAUUUGUUCAAGAAAAUCAUGAAAAACAGAACUUUAUAUGAUCCACAAGCUAGCAUACCCAAGAAAAAGAAGAAGAAGAAAUCAAAGAAACGCAAGAAGCGGGAGAGAAAGAUGAAAAUGGCAGCUAUGGAGAUGGAAGAAAAAGAGGGCUUAGAAAAUAUGGCAUUUUCAUUUCUACCAAGCACUUCAACAAGAGGUGAUGCAAGCAUUUCAGAGUACAGAAUAGAUGAAACAGAACAACUAGUCAAUGAUAAGGGACAAGAUGUGAAUAGUUUUGAACAGGUUGCAAGACCAAGAUUAAGUGUUCCACAAAGUUUGGGUAGUGUAGGAUCAGGUACACAUAUUUCAGCUCCAAGUCUGAGUGAUCCACAACAUGUUGCAGGAACGAGCAUCAGUACUCCUCAAAGUUUGGAUGUUACUGCAGGACAAAGACUCCAUAUUGCAAGACCAAGUCCAUGUGUUAGUGUUCCACAAGGUUUGGGUGUCAAUGCAAGAGAGAGUAUUCAUUUUGCAGGACCAAGUAUGAGUGUCCCAGGACAGAGUAUUGAUGUUGCGGGACAUAGUGUCUAUGUUGCAGGACAGAGUAAUCAUCUUGCGAGACAAAAUGUGGAUGUUGCAGUGCAAGGAAUAGAUGCUGUGGGACAAAAUUUAGAUGUUGCGAGGCAAGAUUUACAUGUUGCUAGACAAGGUUUAGAUGUUGUGGGAUGUAAUUUAGGUGUUGUGGGAAACACCCUUGGUGUUAUGGGAGAAGAUGAAGAUGUUCUUGGACAGGACCUAAUCACUGUUGACAGAAGGCAGCUUUUACCGAUGGAUCAUCUCUAGGAUAUUGUUUAGACACUCGACAUUAGGGAUCAGGGUCUGUGCUAAAGUAUUUUGAUAGAAGGGCCAAGAUAGCCUUAUAGUGUCUUCAUUUUCUUUUUUUCUUAUUUUUAAUUUGGAUAUUCUAUAGUUCCUCUCUUUCAGUUACUCUUCUUUCCCAGUCCUCCUUUGUUUUACUUCAAAACUCAAAGGAGCAAGUGUCCCCCUUUUGGGACCCCCUGAAAGGUUAUUACUUGGAAGAGGUUUAAUGGGGUUUAAGAUCUUGCUCCUAUUGCCAGUAUUAUUAUUUUUUUUUAAUUGGCAUAUACUGUGCAUGUGGUACAUAAUUUAUUACAAUGUAUUCAUAGAUGUCAUUUGCAUACAUGUAUUAUGUAUUGUUGUGGUACUUAUGUUCACUGG